UGUUAUUAAGAUUUCUUUUUAAAUGAGCACGAAUAAGCGUCGAAAAACGUCAUCGAAAUGUUGUUUAGAGCAGAAAAAUGUACACAAGCAUACGGCUAAUGAAUGUUUUUAUUAUCACACCUUGGACACACUUCCACCAGAAGUUUUAGAAAUAGUAUUGCGUUUAUUACCUCUACAUGAUGUAGCUACUUCAGUUCGUUUAGUGUCCAGACGUUGUUCAAACGUUGCUACCAUAGUUUUGAAUGCUGCAUUCCUUUCGGCUGGUACAAAACUUGAAAAUGCAAUGAAACAUACAGAAACAAUGAUAAGGAAAGUUAAGACAGGUGCUGACCUACUAACCUUCAGCAGAGUAUUCAAUAUUCUAGAAAUAGUCAUGGCACAAUACAAGAUGCUCAGAGCUGUAACUUGGAGAUAUACGCAUCCUUCAAAACCAGAGAAAUUUUCACGACUUUGCUUCUAUGCUGGUGGUCUACUUGAUAAUUUAAAUAAUCUGCUUCAUCGUGCUGUAAAUUGUCCAGUUUCUUUAUCUGGUUCUCAUGGACCAGAUUCUAGAAUUGCUUGUUUUAUAUCCGAUUGCAAGCGUUUUAUGAACUAUUUUGAAAAAGUUUCUGAAAGCAGAGUGAAUAGAUCUGCUUUAGUGUCUGGAUGUAAAGCCGUAGAUGUUCUAGAUUGUCUUGCAGAAGGACGUAAGGUUUUAUCAUUCAAUAUAUUGUCUAACGAAGGGAUCAAAAAUGACAUCAUUAGUAUGAAAUUAAAAUAUGAAAUGAAACGAGCUUGGUUCACUUGUUUAAAAAUUCCAAAUACACUUGACGAAAAUUCAUGGAAAGAUCAGCAACGUUUUAUGUAUCUUAGACUACGUCGUUUAGUUGUCAGUGUCAAUGAACAUUAUUAUGAAAAUUUGCAAUAUGAACGAGAAGUACUUAUUCAGGAACCAUCGAUACCACCUCCAAGAAUGCCUCCAGUAUCCACAUAUUCUGGUUAUGGAGAGUACGGUGGAGAAUUUUUUUAUUAUGGAAAUAUGAAUAAGUAUGCUUACGAAAACAAAUUCAAAUCCUUGCCAGUAAUUGAUCACGAGAAUGCGCAAGAUAAUAUUGAAGAAAUACAGAAAAAAUCUUGCUUCAAUCUCGUCAUAGCUGUUGAAUUGAAAUGUUCAUCAGAAUUGGCACCUUUUGCAGUAAGAACAUUAUUACGGUCUAAUGAAUUAGAUAUAUAUACAAAAACUCCUAAUCAUUUGGAGCUUUAUUUAAAACUCGAUAUCAUGUGUCCUGCUUCAAUCGCUAAUAGAUUACCAGGACAUUUUACUUGGGAGCUUAAUAGUUCUCGUCAUGUGCAUCAUUCUUCUUAGUACAUUUAUACAAGUAUAAUUUUUUUUUCUUUUAUCAUAAUAUAAAAAUAAAGAAAAAUAAUAUACACUUGUUAUAUAACUGAGAUGAACUUUCUAUAAGUAAAAAGUAUUGAAACAAUUAUUAUUUUAUU